GGAAAAUGGCCACUGUGGAUUCAGAGCUGCGCGAGCCAGAAAUGGAAGAUGGUGAUAUAUCUGAGAGGAGCAUUGAUGAAAAUGGUGAAGUAUCAGAGGAAGAACAACCUCAGAUUAAGCACAAUAAACACAAGAAAAAGAAACACAAGCAUCGAAGCAAGCAUAAAAAACACAAACACUCUUCUGAAGAAGACAAAGAUAAAAAACACAAACAUAAACAUAAGCAUAAAAAGCAUAAACGGAAAGAUGAUGGUGACAAAGAUGACAUUUCACCUUUAAAAAGAGCAAAGCUUGAUGACUUUGCAUUGCUGGAGGACCUUGAAAAGCAAAGAGCUUUAAUUAAAGCAGAACUUGAUAAUGAGUUAAUGGAAGGUAAAGUGCAGUCUGGCAUGGGCUUGAUAUUGCAGGGGUACAAUUCAGGGUCUGAAGAAGAAGGGGAGAUUAAUGAAAAAAUUCGCAAUGGCAAAAGAGUCUCCAAAUCAAAUGCAAAAGCAAAACAGGAUCUUUACUCAAAAAAUACUUCUAAGAAGAGGUCUAGGAGCAAGUCCAAAGAGAAGACGAAGCACAAGACAGAAAAGAAAAAACCUAAAGCCAAUAAUGAAGCUGUUAAAGAAAAACCACCUAGGAGUAGGUCCAAGGAACGGCGAAAAUCUAAAAGUCCAUCUAAAAAGAAUCGAUCCCAAGAGCAGCCAAAAAAGUCGCCAGCAUUGCGAAGGCAAUCUCCUGAAAAAAAUAUAAGGUCUAAGUCACCUCCUGAGGAUAGAGUCAAACCAAGGAAGAAAUCGCCAGUAGUUACUGAAAACAGAACAAAAGAUCGUACAAGGAAGUCUAAAUCUCCUUUGCCAAGGCGAAGCAAAUCCAAAGAGAGGAGAUCAAAGUCUAAAGAGCACAAACCCAGGAGGUCUGAUUUAGAAAAGGAAAAGAAGCUCCUUCCUAAGUCACCUUCAAAAGAUGCCUCUUCUGGCAAAGAAAACCGCUCACCAGGACGUCGACCUGCCCGCAGCCCAAAAGCAAGAAGUCUGUCUCCCAAACAGCGUGAUAGGACUUUAAGGCAUAGUAGAUCCCCACUUGCUCAUGAUAGGAAAACUAAACAAUCACCCGCUCGAACACAGUCCUCUCCAAGAAGAGCAAAGAGCAAGUCUGCAGAAAGGAAAAGACGGGAACCAGAGAGAAGGCGUUUGUCUUCACCUAGAUCACGAGCCAGAGAUGAAGGACUUACAAGACAUGAUAGAACAAAGGAAGCGAGUCCUCCUCGGUGGUCUCCUAGAAGACGUUCAAGUAGGUCACCUCUUAGAAGAAGAUCAAGGUCACCUCUUAGGCGAAGUAGAUCCCCUCGUCGAAGAAGCAGAUCUCUUCACAGGAGAGACCGGAGCAGGAGAAGUAGAUCACGUCUCAGAAGGAGGUCACACUCACGUAGUGGCCGAACUCGCAGAAGGAGAAGCAGGAGUAAAGACAAAGAAGAUAAGUUUAAAGGAAGCCUUUCUGAGGGAAUGAAGAUAGAACAAGAAUCAUCUGAUGAAAAUCUAGAGGAUUUUGAUGUUGAAGAAGAAGAUGAAGAAGCUCUUAUCGAGCAAAGGCGACAGCAAAGGCUGGCAAUUGUAGAGAAAUACAGAUAUAUAAAUGAAGACAGCAAUAUGUCAGGGAACUCUGAGCCAAGCAGUCCCCAGAGUAGUGCUCGCAGUCGUUCUGCUUCACCAGAUGACAUUCUUGAGCGUGUUGCUGCUGAUGUCAAGGAAUACGAGAGAGAGAAUGUUGAUACCUUUGAAGCUUCUGUCAAAGCAAAACACAACUUAAUGACUGAACAAAAUAAUGGAAACCAGCAAAAGAAAAUAACUGCUCCUGACAUGUUUACAGAAUCUGAUGACAUGUUUGCUGCAUACUUUGAUAGUGCUCGUUUUAGAGCUGCUGGUAUCGGAAAAGAUUUUAAGGAAAAUCCCAAUUUGAGAGAUAAUUGGACAGAUGCAGAAGGCUACUAUCGUGUAAACAUAGGGGAAAUAUUGGAGAAGCGAUAUAAUGUCUAUGGAUAUACGGGUCAAGGAGUUUUUCAGUAAUGUCGUGCGUGCUCGGGACAUGGCCAGAGCUAAUCAGGAAGUUGCCGUCAAAAUCAUCAGAAACAAUGACUUAAUGCAAAAAACUGGCUUGAAAGAAUUGGAGUUUCUGAAGAAAUUGAACGAUGCAGAUCCAGAUGACAAGUUUCAUUGUUUGCGGCUAUUCCGGCACUUUUACCAUAAACAGCACUUGUGUCUUGUAUUUGAACCACUUAGUAUGAACCUGCGUGAAGUUUUGAAGAAGUAUGGCAAAGACGUUGGCCUGCACAUCAAAGCAGUGAGGUCAUAUAGCCAGCAACUGUUUUUAGCUCUAAAGCUUCUAAAAAGAUGCAAUAUUCUGCAUGCUGACAUCAAACCUGAUAACAUUCUGGUAAAUGAAUCCAAAACCAUCCUGAAGCUUUGUGACUUUGGAUCAGCAUCUCAUGUGGCAGAUAAUGACAUUACACCAUAUCUAGUCAGUAGAUUUUACAGAGCUCCUGAAAUCAUAAUUGGCAAGAUGUAUGAUUAUGGAAUAGACAUGUGGUCAGUUGGCUGCACAUUGUAUGAGCUCUACACUGGAAAAAUAUUAUUCCCUGGAAAAACCAAUAACCAUAUGCUAAAGUUAGCCAUGGACCUAAAAGGAAAAAUGCCAAACAAGAUGAUUCGGAAAGGUGUAUUUAAGGACCAGCACUUUGACGCAAAUCUUAAUUUCAUGUAUAUUGAAGUUGACAAAGUUACAGAAAGAGAAAAAGUUACAGUCAUGAGCACUAUUAACCCAACAAAGGACUUGUUGGCUGAUUUAAUUGGAUGCCAGAGACUUCCAGAAGACCAACGUAAAAAAGUACACCAGUUAAAAGACUUGUUGGAUCAGAUCCUAAUGUUAGAUCCAGCGAAACGAAUUAGCAUCAAUCAAGCACUUCAGCACCCUUUCAUCCAGGAAAAGAUCUAA